AUGGCCGAUCCGCUGAGUGUCACGGCCGGUGUGGUCGGCAUUACGGUGCCGGUCUUGCAUGGCAUUCGACGGCUCAUCGACGACAUUCAGAAGAUUGUUGAAGCGCCCGAGACACUUCAUCAGCUACUCGCUGACUUGGUCUCACUCUCCUUGAUCCUGAACUCAAUUGAGGCAAUAGAGCAAUCAGCAUGGCAAAAUCUUGGCGAUCACGUCUUUGCUCAAUUCAAGCAUACCCUCGAACUGUGUGAGCGGGCUUGUAAGCGUUUCCGCGAAGAUCUAAAUAACUGGACUGGCAGUUCCGCUUCCGACCAGCUAUCGUGGAAAGGAAGAUUCGUAGUUGGCUUCCUUCGCGAACGUCAGAUCAAGGCGAUGGCAGUGCACAUUCAGGGUUGCAAGAUCACUUGUAAUUGCCUCAUAGGAGUGGCCGUUCUGUAA